AUGGUACUGGUCGGUGGUACUGGAGUGAGCGUGUUUCAUCAAAUUGAGGAAGAAGGUUUUGGAGAUUUUGGAGUCGAAUGGUUCGCAGCACGUCGCAGUGGGACGAAUAUCUUUAAAUUCUGCGCUGUUGUUGGGGAAAAUUUUUAUCCGGGCAAAUACGAAAACGAGACACUCUUCCCGAAUGUCCCUGUAUUCACCAUAAACCAACCGACAGCGAGAGUAGGAUUUCUGGUGAGGAAUGGUUCGCCGCGUAAAAUUCCUGGAGCAGAGCUGGUUCUUACAUUUGACACUGCCAGCUGA